GUAGAAAAUGAUCAGAAUUCCAACCGUGAUGACACCAAAACAAACAAAGGAAAGUCUGCCCUUAUAAAGAAUGAAAUGAUUCCCAUUUUUCACCCUUCAAACGCACUCUGAAUAAGCCACCUUGGAGUUCGACCGCCUCUACUUAGCAGGCGCCAAAGCCACUGUCGGAAAAUCAAGAUUCUCCCGAGAAGGAAAGGGUAGGGAUGAAGUGAGAAAUUUACGGGGUUCUCUUUUUGUGGGUUGUUUUUAUGUAUGUAGGGAUCCUCGGGAAUUUUAUUUUUUCUGAUGAUUAUCUGAAAAGUGAAGAGAUUGACACAGCCCAAAACUCUCCUUGCCCUAACUGCCUCUUCUAUAUUGGGAAGUCUUCUUUUUGUUUUCUAGAAAUCCACCCAUGGAAUCUCCGCCGCCGCUCGCUCGAUACGUUCCCCACAGUUCUAAGAAAAGAGUGUUCCCCGGCGGAAGCUCAAUGGAAGAGGAAGUCGUUGAGAUUGCGCCGCCGAUUAAUCGGACUUCCAACUCUCUUAAACGGAAGGAGAUUUAUGAUAUAAUUGAUGUUGACAUCGAAGAAGAUUGUAAUGAUGCUCGGCUUGGAGAAGGGAGUUUUAUACCAAAUGGCAAAGGGAAGGAGAUAUUUGUCGAUCUUUCACUUGGUACCGGUGGUGGUUCAGAAAAUACUGCAACAGUCAAGGGGUUUCUGACUAAAAAUAAGAAUUUCACUUCUGAACCACAAAAUGUAAUAAACUUGGAGGACUCUGAUGACUUAUAUGGAGAUAAUGAGCAUAUGGACAUGUUUUAUGAUGAGUCAGCGCUUGAUCAGUACAAAAAUUUGCAAGUGUACCUUGAUAGAAUGGAUGUUCCUCCAGGAAUUGAGGCAUCAAUUCCCUGGUGGCCUGCUCCUAGUGGGGAUAAAUUGAGUUCAAUCUGUAGCAGCACUCCAUCUUAUUUGUCUCCUGCGCAGAUGAAAACUGCAAGCAUGUCUUCUGGGAAAAUGUCCACUCCAUCUUCUGAGUUAGUUAACUUUCACAAGAUGAAGGAAAAGGUAACGUCAAGAAGUGGCUCCACGUUUGGGGAUAGGUCUGGUAGGACCAGGAAGCUUGGGAUAUCUGUGCCAUUUGUAGAACCUGCUUUAGGGGUGAAGAGAUCAGCUGCAACUGGUAGUUCAGUUGGCACUGAUUCAACAUACAAAGAUUCUGUAGAGUUAUCACCCCCGGGGCAAGGGCAGAAGGUAUUUGGUCUUCCUGGGUUCUCUCAGUCUAAAAAGAGGUCACAACGUGCCACCACCUCUUUUGGUUCACAUAACCUAUCUACUCCUCUGGAGCCUUAUUUUCCUAAAGUUACAACAAAGUCUUGGAUGGCUGAUUGGAUGAAUGUCCUCCCAACUUCAACGAACCACUCUAUUGCAGAUCCUCCAAGUUUAUUUUCUCACGUUCUUCAUGAUGGUGUUUUGCCUCCUGUAGGAUUUGUCUCCUUGUACCCAGAUCCUGUCACAAGUCACAAGAAUACAAAUGCUACAGAAAAUGCACCAGCUUCAAUGCAGUCUACAAAUAUAGAUGAAAUUGUUGAGAGAUUCCGUGCUUUCAAAAAGUUUGACACUGUGCAGGAUUAUGCAGACCAUCAUUAUUCUAGAAAUGCUUCCAGAAAAGUGAACGCGGCAUCAAAAACAUGGGUCAAAAGAAUACAGGAGGAGUGGAAGAUUCUGGAGAAAGAUCUGCCUGAUACGAUCUUUGUUAGAGUCUAUGAAUCAAGAAUGGAUAUUUUGAGAGCAGUUAUAGUUGGAGCUGCAGGAACUCCCUACCAUGAUGGGCUUUUCUUCUUUGACGUUUAUUUUCCUAGCAGCUAUCCUAAUGUUCCACCGCAAGUGUACUACCAUUCUGGUGGUCUUCGUAUUAAUCCAAAUUUGUACAACUGCGGAAAAGUAUGCCUGAGCCUCCUCAACACUUGGAGUGGCCAUGGGAAGGAGAAGUGGAUGCCUCGUGAAUCAACCAUGCUGCAGGUUUUGGUUUCUAUACAAGGGCUGAUUUUGAAUGCAAAGCCCUAUUUUAACGAGCCAGGAUUUGCUGGAUCCGAAGGGACAGUUGCAGGGGAGAAGAGCUCGCUACAAUACAAUGAGAACACAUAUAUCUCAAAUCUCAGAACAAUGCUUUACUCCAUACGGAAGCCACCUAAGCAUUUUGAGGAUUUAGUCAAGGGACACUUUGUUCUGCAUGCUCAAGAUGUUCUGGUGGCAUGCAAAACAUAUAUAGAUGGUGCUCAAGUAGGUAGCCUAGUUAGCGGAGGGGUGCAGGAUGUUGAUGAAGGUGACAAAAGCUGUUCAGAAGUUUUCAAGAAAUCUGUAGCAGGCCUCAUCAAGACACUUGUAGAGUCAUUUACUCAGGUUGGCGCUAAGGAUUGCGAUAAAUUUCUAUAUCUAGCAGAAAAAGCGACCGUGCCUCUGCCUGUUUCUGCAUCUGUAUCCUCCUAUGCUUCUUAUCAUUAUUACUGACCUGAUGAUUAAAGGGAGUAGAGGGGCUGAGAAUUUGGUCUUUAAACACAGAAAGGCAUCUUGAAAUUUAAGGUUAACAUAACAAUCUAGCCUUGAUGUUGAUAAUUACAAAUCAGAUUUGGUGGUUCUCUUUUUAAUUGGAGCUGUAUAUGAUGUUUUGUUUAUAAGUUAAUCGAUUUACUCAUAGUGAAUCGUGUAUGGGAAUGAAUGGCUAGUUGCAUUAUGGAAAGUCGGAAAGAUGCUUCUUGGGUA